GUUGGAAGUCCCGGCUCAGAUCUUCGAAUCUUAGCAUCCUUGCCAAAGAUAGCCCGUGUGACUGGCGGUGGCAAUGCGACGGCGCCGAAUGGACCCUACAGUUCCAUGGAAGCUACUCAGGUCGGGCUAGUGUGGCGCCUGGCCAGACGGGUGGUUGCAGCUCAUUCAGAUGUUACGGAAGAGAACUUUGUGGACAUCGAUCCAUGGCAGGAACAGCCAUCCGGAGACACAGAAACUCAAGGGCAACAGCAGCCUCAGACGCAAGGCAACAGCAGUGGAGUCAAAGAGCGAGUGUUGAAGAUGAACGCAUUGAUAGAUCAACAUGAUGACUCCGAACUUCUUCCACCGAACCCCAUGGAGGUGGAUAAGUGGUAUCAAAACUACAUAGCGAUCAUGGGAUCACAGCCAGACGAGACAGAGGAGCCCACGGCAAACCAACUGGCGGCACUUCGCAAAAAGAUCUUCAUAGACAUUGAUGGCAGCAGAUGUGCCCCAAAUUUGUGCGUCGAGAUUGGGAUCCUCUUUGGCCGUGGUCAUGCAUCUUCAUCCAGCUGGCUGCAGACAUGGAGUACUGCGUCGGAAAGGGUGCAUCAUUCAGCAGCUGGAUGGAUAGCGGCUGGAGGGCGUGGUGCUCCAACGGUGGCAUUGAAGGCAGCGGUCCUGGACACGAUUCAAGGGGGCCACAAAGCGCUUCAAGCCGAACAUGAACCGGCUGGGCAAAGCGGAAAUGGUCGAAGAACACAGGCCAACAGAGACAGACGGCAGACGAAGAAGCGCAGGCUUCAAGCAGACCGGGAAGAGUUAGCGAGGCACAGAUCGUCGAGUACAAAUCAAGAGAAAAGCGGCCCUUCUCCAAAGGGAAAGGGAAGGGAAAGUCAAAGGACCAAUCGGGCCAAGAGAUAUGCUUCAGCUGGCCUUCGGGAAGGGGAACGUGCUCAGACGUCCCACCUGGAGGUGAAUGCAGGGGAGCCGUCAAAAGAGUGCGCAGAUGCAGAUUGGAGACAGAUGUAUGACAAGAUUGACCAAUCCAUUGAGAAGGGGGAGUGGGAUGGUUUCCACAGCGGUUUCCCAUGCGGGGGCUUCUCACGAGUGAGAUGGAGGGAGACAGAAGGAGGACCUCCACCUGUGCGAAGCGCCGCGCAUAUCUAUGGGCUGCCAGGCAACACAAGGCAGCAACAAAAGGAGGCCGACGACGGCACCCUGAUGGCCACUAGUUCAGCAUGGCUGCACCGAAAGCAGGUGAGAAGCUUCAGGCUGAGGGCAGUUCCAGAAGUUUCCACACUGGAAAAUCCGCCUGGAGGUGUCAAUGCAGGAUCUGCACGGGACUUGCCGGAGAGGAAGCAGGUGCUGGAGGAGACAAACUCCUCCAUCGCGGAGUUCAACACCUGCGUAUGCGGAUUCUCGGAGCGGGUAGUGCAUGUGCCACUGCUGGGAAAGAAUGCAGCAGAAGCCGCGGGAGAAUAUCCAGAAGAGCUCACGGACAUCAUAGAAGUCCAGCGAGAUAAACGAGCUCCAGGUGCAGUGGCCGCGCAACGAGGAGGAGAAGGAAGCGAUGGCGUCUUCCUCAACAAGGCCUUCCAGGAAGAAGACAAGAGAAGAGCAAAACGACUCUGCCAUCGAAGGGAUGAGAAACCUAGCCAUAUCCAAAUUACAUCAGGUCAAGGAAGUUGGAGAAGAAAUCAACAAGGCCUGGAUGUCUUUCAUCUCAGAACACCCGUUGCAGCAAACUAUGGGUCAAGCGAGGCAAAGUUCGACGACAGCGUCCUGCAAGCAUGGUCCAGAAGAAUGGAGGACCUGGUGGAGAUACAGGAGCAAGACGGCGUCACACUCCAAGACAACACGGAGUUCAAAUCUCCGAUGCGAGCGGCCAUGUGGGAUGCUUGGUGGAUGAAGGCAAGGGACCCAAAGCAAUUCCUGGGUCGAUGGGCCAGGGAAGGGGCACCUCUUGGCAUCGCCAAGCUCAUCCCGGACUCAGGCAUAUUUCCACAAGUAGAGCUUGAUGAAUCACUGGAAGAAAAGACAGACAUGUCAGUGCUGGUGGACUUGAGGAACUAUGAGCCAGCAGAGUCGCAGAAAAGCGAGGCGGCAAUCGAAAUAGAGAGGUACGUCAAGAAGGGCUUCUGCAAGAUCCUCCCUCUGGACCAAAUCCAUGAGAAGUACCUGGCAGUGACUGCUAGCCGCUUAGCCCUCAUACUCAAACAAAAACCAGAUGGAUCCACGAAGAGGUGCAUCGUGAUAGACAUGAAACGGUCACAAGGGAACUCAAGAGCCACGGUGAGCGAGAGGAUCGUUUUGCCGAGGUGCCAAGACGUGGUACAGAGCCUAAGAGUCAUGCGCGAGAAGGAGUCGGAGCUGAUGCGUUUGCCACUUUGGCCGGUAGAGAAUAUAAAGCUCACCCUGGCAGACUGGAAGAACAAGGGCAUGAUCCCCACGAAGGAACUUAGGUGGGCCGUGACCACCAUUUACGCAGUGUUGACGGCCGCAAUCAAGGAAGAAGCAACAGAAGUGGAAUUUGGCACAAAAGAGAGUGGGAGACAAGAGGCCAAAGAUUGGCCUGGUGGCAGUCAAGAGACUUGGCACGGUAUUCCCUUGGCUCCGUGCGAUGUUCCAGACACCGGACCUGCUGAUCAGAAGAGAGCUUUCAGGAGAAGGAAGCAGUGUGGGGUGUGGUUACAGACGCCUCACCCACAAGUGGGAGGCACUUGGCACCCAGUGGAAGCUUUUCAAUCCCUUUUGCAAGAGCACAAGGCAGCGGCGCAGGAGAUUGAGUACGGCGAGGCAUCCAGUCAAGCCGUGAUGGAAGGCUUGGCCAUCUUCAGAGCAUUGCACAUAUCAUGUGAGGCAGUGCUGGGCUCAAACAUGGAGCUGGUAGCAGCGCCCCAGCUCCCAGCGCCAGUAGUUCUGGACGCACCGGCCGGUCAGCGAGCGGCAUGGCUGGUGGGAUGCUGCGAGCACCAGAGCCCACAGCGGUGCGAACAACCAGAUCACGGCGGGUCCAUCCUUAUGGGGUCCGGCUGCGGAAAGGGCGAACCGAGCAUCGGCAUUGUCAAACGUACCAAGGUGCAGACGGCAGGGGAACAGAACAAGCGGAGGAGGAUCCUCAGCCCUGAACGCAAUGAUGGCAGCAGCGAGCCCAAGAAGAUAGAAAGCGAUGGCAGGGUCAACCCCAAGCACCUGGGAAAGAUGGCAAAAGAUAGAACUUGGGCGGCGAAGGUGAGAAAGGGCUUCGUGGGAAAGUUUUGCGCAGCCCCCACUCUAACAACGAAGAACGCCAAAAGAAAGAAGGUCACAGAGAUCUUGGACUGCGUGGGACGGCAUGGGAAGAGGGCGAUAGAGGCGUCUCAAGUCAAAGCGGGGCAAGUCCAAGUUGACUUCGAAAACAAAGUGGUGAAGCUCUACAUCGCCAAGUCAAAGACAGACCAAAAGGGUGCAGGUGAAAAGGACGGCCCACUUUUCCCUGACGAUGAAGGGAAUCCCGUCUCAAAGGUGCACAUGGUGGCAGCGUGGGCGAAACACAUCGAUGAAAAGGUCACAGGGCAUACGGCCAGAAGAUCAGGUGCUACGGCGUAUGCAAAGGCAGGGAGAAGCAUCCACAACAUACAGCUUCUUGGAAGGUGGAAGUCGCCUGCAGUCUUCGUGAACAUAGAGGACACCAUGGCGGAGGUGCCCAUGAAUACUAUGCGAGGAAAAGAGGCAAGCGAGACAAACAUCCCGGACGAGAAACACAAGAAAAGAGACUUAAAACCAAAAGCAAAGGCUCAACCGAAGGAGGCAGAGGGCCAGCCUCCAAAACCCGAGGCAAGGCCCUUGGCGAAGGGUCAAGAGAAAGAGAGGUGUACGCAAUCUCAGUGUCCAGGGGAACCACCGUGGAGCAUCUGGUGGGACAGGCAGCAUGGGGAAUGUCCAGUUGGGCAACUGUAUGUGGAUGAAACUUUGCAAGAAAGAAGGUCAAAGUUGAGCUCACAAAGAAACCGGCUUUUGGGGCAACAAGAUGCAAACAGUGCCUCAAGAUCAAACAGGUGCGCGACGGAGUCAGUAGAGCCAGAGA